AUCUUGCUGGUUUGCGGCCGGACUUAGCUGUGGCGCUGGCGGUAUUGAGGGCGUGGGGAAGGGUGGGGUGAGGGGGCGAGGCCGCGACUAGGGCGGCGAAACUCUCCUCCCCGCGGCCCUAGCGCGUGGGACGGCGUGAACGUGGUGUCGGAGGGAUGUCCGCUUUCUCUGAGGCGGCGCUGGAGAAGAAGCUGUCGGAGUUGAGCAACUCGCAGCAGAGCGUGCAGACCUUGUCUCUGUGGCUCAUCCACCACCGCAAACACUCGCGGCCCAUCGUCACCGUGUGGGAGCGGGAACUGCGUAAAGCCAAACCAAACAGGAAGCUUACUUUUCUGUACCUAGCCAAUGAUGUCAUUCAGAACAGCAAAAGGAAGGGGCCGGAGUUUACAAAAGAUUUUGCACCAGUUAUAGUGGAGGCUUUUAAGCAUGUUUCAAGUGAAACUGAUGAAAGUUGUAAGAAGCACCUUGGAAGAGUUUUGUCUAUUUGGGAAGAAAGGUCUGUGUAUGAAAAUGAUGUGUUAGAACAACUUAAGCAAGCUCUGUAUGGGGAUAAGAAACCUAGGAAGCGAACUUAUGAACAGAUAAAGGUGGAUGAAAAUGAAAACUGUUCCUCCCUGGGAUCUCCAAGUGAACCACCACAGACUCUAGAUCUCGUCAGAGCAUUACAAGAUUUAGAAAAUGCAGCUUCAGGUGAUGCAGCUGUUCAUCAGAGGAUAGCCUCUCUGCCUGUUGAAGUGCAAGAAGUCUCCCUACUAGAUAAAAUAACAGAUAAAGAAUCUGGAGAAAGGCUUUCUAAAAUGGUAGAGGAUGCUUGUAUGUUGCUGGCAGAUUACAAUGGCAGAUUGGCCGCAGAAAUAGAUGAUAGGAAACAACUCACUCGAAUGUUAUCAGAUUUUCUUCGUUGUCAAAAGGAAGCGCUUGCAGAGAAAGAACAUAAAUUGGAAGAAUACAAGCGCAAGUUAGCUAGAGUUUCCCUGGUGCGCAAAGAACUCAGGUCCCGGAUUCAGAGCCUGCCAGACUUAUCUCGAUUGCCCAAUGUCACUGGAAGCCACAUGCAUCUGCCUUUUGCAGGAGACAUCUACAGUGAAGAUUGAUAACUAGUCUCUUCUCAGAGCUCCAGGACUUUGCAAGAAAUGGAGACAGGUUAGGUGGCUAGUCCUGUAGCAUUAUUUUUGUAUAUUGUUAAGAGGGUGACACUAACAAAAGAAAUGAGUAAUUUAUAAAAUUGUUUAAGAUAUUGGUUUGUUUACUAUUUUAUUGGUAAAGUAACAUAACUUAGUUUAAACAACAUGAUGAUCUCUGUGUAUUAAUAUGCUCUAAAUAGUGAUUAUUUUCAGAAGCUCUUUUUGUAAAUUUUUUUGAUCCAGGGCCUUGUGAGAAAUUCCUUAUUUCUAUUUCUUCAUGUAUUUUCAAAUGUUUUUCUUUAAUUUCUUCAGUAUCUAAUCACUGUAUACUAUCUAAUUUCUACAGUAGAAAAAUUAAUCAGGAACUGGUUGAGAUUUUAUUAUGGUAUAGUAAAGACUUGAUUCUAGAAGGGAGUAAAUGUUCUAACAUAAACUUCACCCUUCUCCUUAACCAAAAUAACAGUUAGGUGCCUCUCAAUGCCUUUUAUUCUUUCAUCUCUAGAGGUCACUAACUGAAAAUUAAACAUGGAUGUCACUUUGAGGGUCAGAUCAAAACCAAGAGAAGCUUUUCUACAAUAGGGAUGCCAUUGCGACCACUAGUGUAGAAAAAUUAGAGUGUUACAUGGGGACGCUUUUGAUUGAACUAUUUAGAAUUAUUUGAGUAGCAUUAAUAUGAAAAUGCUUUGGAAAUGUAGUAAGUUUUGACACCCUACCAAAGGACACCUUUGAUUUUGGAACUGAUACCUAUUUGUCACAUCAGCCUCCUUUUAACAUAAUCAAUUCUUUUAACAUAAAGCCAUCUGUGGGGUUAAAAGAAACAAAAAAUAAUGAUCUUUUUAUUAUUCCUUUAGCCACAUAGCUUAAAAACAAUAGUAUUUUUAGCUGUGCUAGCUCAAGAACACAGUAGCAUUCAGUAAAGGAGCCUGGGACAUUUUGAAUGUUUCCACAAGGUUUUUGAAUGACUAUAAAUGUGGGAAUUAAGCAGUGCUGCACUACAGAACAGCUCUGGUAAACUUUAUAUUUGUAUAGUCAGAAUUACCAAAACAAAUGUACUUCUACCCUUAUUUUUAACCCUGUAUGUUAGACACUUGCAUGCUCUCAUGCUUACUUUUUAAGACACACUGUUAAGCUGUGGGUUUAUAUCUGAUAAUGAUUCAGCAUAGUCUUUUCAGUUACAACUUUACAUAUUACACAUUUUCAUUUGUGUUGUCAGCAGAUUCAAGUUAGGAUAGUCAAUAAAACUCCUUUUCAAUCCCACAA